CAUUGACAUUUGACAAAUUGUGGCUUCGGCAUGCAGCAAACACGUUUGUUUCAAGUAAAAUUAAUUAAAUAUUAUGAUUUAGCAGCUUUAUAAUGGCAAAAUUACAUAAUUACCAUGUACUGUGUCCAUUAAUCGAUCAAAACAGUUUCUUAGGAGUGGCACGCGACGAACUGGAUGAAAAUGUUGUUGUAACAUUAGGCCGAAAUGUCGUCAACAAAUAUCGACUUUCAGAUCAAAAACAAAUUGGCGGGUGGACGUCAAAAGAUCAUCUGACCUCAGCGGUUAUAUUUGACAAGGAACAAGAUUCCUAUGUCGGAGUAUUCAAUAAGAAUACUAUUAAAAUGUGGAAAGAUGACUCCUGUAGCUUAGAUAAGAGUAAAAAAUACAAGUUCUCAGUAAACAUCAUGAAACUUAUACCAAGAGACAGUGAACCUUCAAUUAUUAUAUUUGAAAAUGGUAACUGUGCCUCCCUUGCUUAUGCAUUAGACAAUAGAAAAACAUAUGAAAACAAACUUCUUGUCAAAGACUCUGAAAAUAUUGUAGAUGUGGCUUGUUAUAAGAUACACAAAACAGAUUACAUUUGCUAUGUUAUUAAAAACAGUAAAGAUUCAUAUGACAUUAUGACAUGCUCCUUAAGAGAUGAAUUAGGUGAUAUGGAAAAGUCAAAGUUAAAUAAAAUCAAAGUUGCCAGAACAGAUUCCACUAAUGCACAUGUUAUUGGAAAAUUUAUCAGCAUAGAACAGAAUUCUGCAGUUUAUUUUAUGUGGAGUGACUCAAAGAUAACACAAUAUGACUUGGCUAAAAAGUCAUGGAAAACUAUUGGCUUAGUAACAUGGAUAUCAACAACCACUAGUGUUUCUAUGGCUUGGAUGGGUAAUGACAACCUCAUCUUAUUUGGAUGUAAUACUGACCAAGAUGGAGCUAUUAUUGUGGCCUACAACGUCAUACUAGGUGUAGGGUCAUGUAGAUACCCAAUGAAAAUGUACUCUGAAAAUGCUAAAUUAUACUGCUUUCAUGGCAGAAUAAUUCUUGAAGCAUCUAAUCAUAUUGGCAUGUUGCCAUUUGUGUUGGAGAUUAACAGGAAUCUGUCAAGUCUACUUGGGUCUCAUGAAAUUACCCAGGAUGAUACCAUGGAAAUAGCCAACUGGGACACCCCAGUCAACCCCAUGUUCAACUAUCCUAAGGAGGUGAAAAGCUUGCUGAAAUUAGGCUUAACUGAAAGGAGCAUGUGUGCACAGGUCAUUGCUAAGCUCGUAGAGCAAGAUGAUAUCAAUAAAAUAAAUGAAAUCAUCAGAAAAUUUGUAGAUGUCCCUGAAUCAAUAAUAGCUAUGCUGCUUAAUUAUGCUAUAAAAAAAAUUAAUCCAAGUGGCAUUGAUAUUACAAACCAUGAAGAGGUUGUAAAACUUUGUAGCAUUGAAAGUAAACCUUUUACUUUACUUCAAUAUCUGUUUGGAAUCGGUUUCAGUGAUGCAAUGUUGAUUCCAUGUUUGAGAAAUGGAAUAUCACUUGAUAGCUCAAUGUUUUUACUAACAUACAUAUUGUAUUUACUUGUUGAUUCAGAUAUAAAGCUCAAUUCACACUAUGAAAGUAAACUCAUUGAUUGGUGCACAUUACUAAUGGACUCUUUCUAUCAACAGAACUUGUUGACUAAAGAUGAGAAAGUGACACAUGUUUUAAAGAAUGUCCAGAAUGUUGUCUGUAACCUCAUAGAUCAGCUCACUGCUAUAGAUAAUAGUUUGCCUUUGUUACAUAAAAUUGUAUCAGGUAAACAUUCUGAACAAGAUGAUAGAGACACUUUGCCUUAUACAAUAGAGUUGAUGAAAAUAUAGUUAUUUUUGUUGA